UGGACAUCAUGUUCAACCGAGCAGCUCUGCUCUCCAUUCAACUGUAUUUUAUGGGCCAAGUCUUCGCAGAGAUUGCUCGAGAGGAUCACAGGAGUAUAGAGGUGUCCAGGGGAGACUCCGUCAUCCUCACUUGCAACAUUUCCACAACAAAUGCAACGCAAAUCAACUGGAGCAAAGACAGUUUUCUUUUUGCAUAUUCAUUCGCAGAUAAUCAGACUUUUUCAAAUUUCACCUCUCACACACUGAUAGACAUAACCUUACCCUCAAAGCUGAAUAUAUAUAAUGUUCAGCGUGACGAUGCAGGACUCUAUAAAUGUAAUGUAACUUACCCAAGAGGUCCAGAAACUAUUGUGUGGAAUUUAACGGUGUCCUGGGAACCUGAAGGAGUCGAUCCAUCAUGGUCUUAUCUAUACACACUCUCAGCUGUAAUUGGAUUGCUUCUAUGUGUUUUCACCUCAGCUGUCUGCCUCUACAGAAAACACAGAGCCAGGACGCCAAACCAGAUUUCAGUCGAGGGGCAGAUGGAUAUUCAGUUGGAAGAAGAGGGUGUCACAGGCAGUAGGACAAAUAUAAAUCGCAGGAGUCAGUACAUGGAGAGGGUCAAUUACAUCUAUGAUCUCUAAUGAGCUGAAGCCAUUUUAAAUGAAGAGACACGGACAAACCAGGAGCUGUAAUGGAAGCCAAUCAGAAGGAGGGGCGACUGGUCACUGAUGCCUUUGGCUUAUCUAACAUUUCAUUACAACCAGUGCUGUCACUUUAAGGACAUGUUUUAAAUGUUUAUUUUAUAUUUAUGGUAUUCUUUGUAUUUUUUACAUCUUCUUAUAAAUAUGGUUUAUUAUUGAUGUUUUUGUUGAUUGUUUGUCCUCAUCUGUCCUGAACUCUGAGCCAAUCAAAGCUGCUGAUGAUGUUGGCCAAUAAAGUUACUCAACAGUU